GAAGUGAGAUCCGAGACCCGUGGCUGCGCGGCUUCGGCUGGGAGCGCGGGCUGCGGGGAGGCGGGCCGGGCGAGGCGGCACUGGCGACGGGGAUUCGGCGGCUCAGCCCUCGCGUCGGAGCAGACCUCUGCGGUGCUCGCCCUUAGUGCGGCUCCAGCGCCCAAGCCAUCCCGGGCCGGCGUGCGCUGGCCGUCCAGGCCCAGGCCGCCGCCGCGGCGCGUUCCGGGAGUCAUGAAUCCUGUGUACAGCCCUGGCUCCUCCGGGCUUCCCUAUGCCAGCGCUAAAGGAGUCGGCUACCCAGCCGGCUUCCCCAUGGGCUACGCAGCGGCGGCUCCUGCCUACUCCCCCAGCGUGUACCCCGGGGCGAGCCCGGCCUUCCAGACAGGCUACGCCCCUGGCACGCCGUACAAAGUGUCCUGCUCCCCCACCAGCGGGGCGGUGCCGCCCUACUCCUCCUCCCCCGCCCCCUACCAGACGGCGGUGUACCCCGUGCGGAGCGCCUACCCCCAGCAGAGCCCCUAUGCACAGCAGGGCACCUUCUACACCCAGCCCCUGUACGCGGCGCCCCCGCACGUCAUCCACCACACCACCGUGGUGCAGCCCAACGGCAUGCCAGCGACCGUGUACCCUGCGCCCAUCCCUCCUCCGCGAGGCAGCGGGGUCGCCAUGGGCAUGGUGGCCGGGACCACGAUGGCCAUGUCAGCAGGUACCCUGCUGACGGCCCACUCCCCGACUCCCGUCGCCCCCCACCCAGUCACCGUGCCCACGUACCGGGGUCCAGGAACGCCCACCUACAGCUACGUGCCUCCGCAGUGGUGAUCGCCGCGCAUGUGCAGGACGGAGCUGGGCGCCGCGUCUCGGAUGCCCCGCCGCCGGUGCUGCAGGCCUCACGCCUCCACCAGGACUCGCUCCUUCUGCUCUCGACAGACGCUUGCUGGAUGCGGCCGGCCGGCCCCACGGCCCCGGCCCCUCGGCUCCAGCUGACUGUGGGUGGGCCCUGGAGCAGACCCUGUCUGGGGCUGCCUGGUGACUUUUUUAGCUAACUGUAACGAUACAAAGGGGGUGUUAACGUAUUCUGAAACCAUAUCUAGUUGAAUGCAUGUUUAAAAACACAAAGCUUGCUCAAACUACCUGCCGUGACUGGCGCAGAGCCCAGGGACCGGGGGCUGCGCUGCACUCGUGUCCCUGACACGUGUUGUGUGUGCGGGCUCACGGUCAGGAGUGUCGCAGCGCGUGUCUUCACGGGGCAUCUGGCAUCUCCUAGGUGACGCUUCAGCCUUCGGGGGCCGUGUGGUUGCUGGUUGGGAACACGACGUUGGAGUCUUGGCCACCUGUGUCUUUCCCACUGGCUGCCGGGGCUCAGCCGCUGGGGCAGGGUACGGAGGGCGGGGGCAGCCAGGUCCGGGGGCUGCCCGCCUUCCCGCUGAGGCCCGCGGGGCUGGUGCGAUGUGGACGUUCUUAGCACACGAGCAUGAACGGCUGGCUUGUGUGGCCGGGACACGCAGGGGCCAGCGGCAGUGUGCCCGCCCGCGGAGCGGCGUCCUCUGGGCUGCUGUGCGCGUUCCCACUGCAGGUCCUGCUGACGCCGACGCAGCCGUGCGUGUCCCCGAGGGGCAGGCCUGUGUGGGGUUACGUAACUCUCCUGGGCGGAGAGGCAGGUGAAAGAAACAGGCGUGCUUGGAGGGGGUGGUGUUCUCUUCUUGAUUUAGCUUAGAAAUCGUCUGUCUCCUCUCCACCGAGAGUCCUCCGAAGACCCCGUGGGCGUGGCUGUUCUCCCCCCACGCGGACGGCCGAGCCCUCGGGAAGCAGAGCAGACCUUGAUGUGAGGCGCAUCGCCUGCUGUCGCAAACCGGGCGGUUGCCGGGUAUGGGCCGUGCCCCUGGUGGGGACUCACCCUCGGAGACCCUCUGUGGUGGGCGUGGGAGACGCAGGGACAGAGGCCUGCGGUCUGCGGGCCUCCCGCCGUCUCCCCAGCAGGCGAGGGCGUGGGCCGGGCAGCGCCGGGCGCUUCUGCCUGCCUGCAGGGUCCCCUAGGGAGAGGGUUUUGUGGUUCGCACAUGAAUGUUGUACAUAAGAAACCAAGGUUUUUUUGUUUUGUUUUGUUUUUGCCUAAAUGGGCUCAACUUGUUUUGAUGGGAGUGAGUCUGUUCUCCGAGAAUGUCAGAGGGAGUGCCAGGAAGGUGGGGGUGCCCCUGGUGCCCCCCUCUUUGUUCCAAGCGCUGGGUGCUCUGGCUGGGGGGGCCUUCUUUCCUGGCGUCUGGGCCAGUGAGCCAGGGCUCGGGCUCUGGGUUCGAGUUCAGACUGGGAGGGGGACCCCUCCCCCCUGAGCUGUUGGUAAACUUAUUUUUUAUAGCAAGUAUUCUUUAUAAUGUUUUCUCACAUUUUAUUUUAUAAGAAGUUUAGGGAUAUUUUUGCAUGAAUCAUCGUAAAGAAAAAUUCCUUAUUUCUGAUGUCUGUUAACAUAGUGUGUUUACUGAUAAGUACUUUAAAUUGCUUCAUGAGCACUUCACCCGUGUGCAUGUGCACGCACACGCGUGUGCACUUCUGACCUCUGUGUUGUGAUCCGUCUGUGGGUGGGUGGUCUGUCAGUAGGUGCCGAGGGCUCCGAGGGCCGAGCUGACCAAGUGGCAGAGAACUCGGUCUCUUGGGUCUUGUGCAGCGGAGAGGAGAAGCUUUGGAGAUGCUCCUGACAGCCCCGGACGGCAGGGCCUCCCCGGUCGGGGGCGGGGGGCUCAGGUUGCACCAAGCCCCCCUGUGCCCAGGGGCACACCUUUCAGGUGGGAGUGGCAGGGUCUCCGAGCUCGGGCAGAACGGGAAAGGGGUCUCGGCCCGCAGGUGCGGUCUGGAGUGGGGGGACGGCUGGCCAGUGCCCGGGGGUGGCUGGCAGUGUCUUGGGCUCCUGGUGGUGACGUGAACUCAGAGCAGAAGUCCUGUUAACAGGCUGGCCGGGCCGGGGUCCAAGCAUAGUUGUGGAGCACGGAGAGAAGUUCUGUCUUCCGGUUUUUUCCAUACGUGACAUUCCUCAUGCGAGAAUUUUGCGGGCGAAGGGCGUGCUCCCGGUGGCGGGUGCUCGGUGUCCCGGUGCUCUGCGCCGGCUCACGGCCUCUUCCCCGCGGUGUCUCUGCCGGCCUCGCAGGAGGCUCUGGGCGGGGCCCUCGAGCUGGCCGCCCGAAGACACAGUGCGGGGGGGGGGGGGGGGGGGGGGGGGCUUGCCCUUUGGAAAAGUGCCACCCGGACCAGUUAGGCCACCUCCCCGACCUGGCCGAGGGCGCCCCAGUCAUUGUGGCCCAAGCAUCGCCCAACUCCUCCGGUGCUCCCCGAGGUGGGGGUGUCUGCAGAGCAGAGCGCGGUGGGCUCCUGGCCACCUCUCACGUGUGCGUGUGCUCGCACCCCGGUCCCUAGGCUUCCUGCAGGGGCUGCCCUGGGGGGGGGGUGGCCUGCGGGCGACACGCCCCAGAGGAGGUCCUGCCUGGUCCUUCGGGUAGAAAGUGGCCAAGGGGUCUUCCACGGGUCAGAGGACCGGCCCUUCUCCACCCUCUUGGUUUGAAGAAGGAGAAGCCCGCGGCGUCCCUUCCCAGGAGCCCCCGGGACUGCAGUCAGCUCGCUGGGGACGGGACGGAGCAGAGAGGGACGGCCCCGGGGAGCCGUGGGCGGGUGUCCUGCAGGGCGUGCGUGUCGGAGGUGACGGACAGCUCGGGCCAGCGCCCGGCAGGGCUGCUCCGACGACCCCCUGGAGGACAGACUGGCUGGGAAGUGGUUUAUUUAAAAAAAACUUUAAGUGACUUUUAAAUACUGUUUUUUAGAUUGUUCUCUUAGUACAUUUUUAAGCUUAAGCCGGCAUCGUCUUCCAGUGUUAACGCACCCUCACCCUGCGCGGAGCGGGGGCGGCCGCCAGCGCCAGCCCUGCCGUGUGUGGACUCACGCUGCUCGUGGUGUGUGCAGCCUAUGCGUAGGUGAGCUCCGGCGUGGAGCUGUUGAAAGCACGUUUACUGUACGGGAGCUGUGUACUAACACUGCGGUUUCCAAUAAAGAUUGACUUGUGUCUCGUC